GGAAGAAGGGGCCGAAGGAAAGGAGGCUCUCGGGUACCGAGUUCGAGGAACCGUCAUGAGUACAAACGAGCCAGGCGACGAUGGAUCGCAACAGAAGUACGAUUUGGAAGAGGAGGAAGAGAUGCCGCUUGCAGAGAGAGAUUUAGCGGACGACGCACCCUGGAAAAGAAUCCAGCAAAACACCUUUACAAGAUGGUGCAACGAGCAUUUAAAGGUGGCCAAAAAGCAUAUUAGCAGCUUGGAAACAGAUCUUAGUGAUGGCUUGAGGCUUAUUGCUUUGAUUGAAGUUCUGUCGCAGAAGAGGAUUUCCAAGUUCAACAAGAGGCCGACCUUCAGGUCGAUGAAAUUGGAAAAUGUCUCCAUUGCCAUCAAAUUCCUUGAAGAUCAGAACAUCAAGAUUGUUAGCAUUGGUAAGUGAAUCAGUGUAUAUUAUUUAUGUUUAAAAUGAAAUUCAAUGAUACCUGAAAAUACACGAUGCAACCCGUCACGUCACAAUGCCACCUGUAUGAGUGGAGGUGGUGUUGCCUGGAAUGCGGGGACUUCCCCGUGCAUUGAACGCAUUGCGAGUAGGCAGAGAAUUCAAUCAGAGAUUGAAGUGAUUAUACCGAUUUGAACAUUCAUAAUUUUACCUCUUUUAUCUAAACCUGUAUGAAUAUACGGGUUGCAUAUUCAUAUGCAAUACCACAUUUGAAUGCCACUAUGUGAGUGGAUUAUAAUAUAUUUUUGGCAUUUAUUCUUGGCAAAAUCGGUGACCGGAAUAUAGAAAGUAUUCCAGUGUACAAGGAAAUCACAUUCAUUGCGUACGCGUACAGUAAACCAUGCCUUGAGUGCUGUUCAUAUAAUACUGUGUCCGGGUACUGUGUAUGCAUAACAUUAACAACACACAGUGCAUAUUGUAGUAUACACUUGCUUAUCGCCAAUAAUAAAACUUAAUAUUUAUUGACAAAAAUUGGGGCAAAAUUCAUCAUACAGGUGUCAAGUGCAGCUGGUUACAUAUAUCAUAACCUUGUUCAUUGAAUGAGUGGUUACAUUGUUAUCGAUACAAGAGCCUGCAGUAUGGUAAUAUGUCAGUCAUAUUUUGGCCCCAAUGUUUUGAUAUCAUGAUGGGUUCAAUAUAAAACCUGUGAUUUAUCAAGGGGAUAUGGAUGUCUGCCCAUGCCCCCUCCCCCUUGGCCUCCAGAUUUCUAGAUUCGGGACAUGCAAUGGGUGGGUGGUGGAACUAAUUUGACUGGUGUUCACUGAUAGAUUAAAACUAUCGAUUGACUUUCCUUUAAAAACUUAUGCCCUCUUGCAAUCACACCGUCAAUGUUAAUUGUAGAAGUGAUUGUUAUUCAUGGAUGCAUUUUAUCAGAGGAAUAACUGGCUUUAGUCACCCAAUGCUCCCAGGAGUAGUUUGUUGUUGUUGGAGUAUUUUCAUCCUUAGAAUUGAUUGUAAUUAUCAUUAUUACCAUGUGCAUGAGCUGGGCUCAACAUUAGCAGUGGCCCGGGGCAACCAAAAAUAAGAGUAAGGCCACCAGAAUUCUGCAAAAGCCCACACUUGGUGGUCUCAUUGGGCUACCAAAGAUUUUAUGAAUUAUAGGCCUAAUGUUUUCUAUUGUUUUACUUUUAAUAUGGCCACCAAAUUUGCUUAGCAGGCUACUAAGAAUGUGAAAUUAAUGAUUUUUGGUGUACUGAUCAGGCCACCAAGAAAAAAAGUUAGUGUGGAGCCUUGGCAUGAGUCAUGGGUCUUUCCUUUUUCUCCAGUAAAACUAGAUAAGUAAAAAAUGGUUCAUAAAUGGUAAACAUUGUUUUUAUUAUCAUUAUUAGAGCAAUUGAAUUCCCCUGCAAGUGCUUACCAAUCUCAAAAUUUAAAUUAAAGUAGAUAACACACCCUCACACCUCCCUUCAUCAGCAUUACAAAGCUGGGGUGUUUUAUAUUUCACAAAGCUUUAUAUCAAUGACAAAUCACAAUCUAGCUAUUGAGAUCAUACCAUUUGAUUGGUCAAGAGCAAAUCAAUAAAAAAAUCCAAGCAUUUGUAAAUAAUUGCCAGUUCUUGUGAAAGAGGCUCAAAUAAUUGUGCUCAGAACAAGUUGUUAUGAUUCCAGUCUUUUGUCAGUUUAUGUUCCUUUUUCUUAUUGGUAUUUAUCAUUGUGCCUUGGCAUGGAAUAGGCCUAUAUGAUUAAAUUUUCUGCAUUCCAUCGAUUGUAUGCAUUUACCUUCAAAGGAAUGAAGUUGAUAUAACUGGUUUUUUCACCAUACUUCAGUAGUAAAACCUUUAGCUUUAUUUGCAGUAUUCUUUUAUCACGAGGCCAUAACAUUAUGAGGCCACCUGUGAAUGAAAAGAAUUCUUUUUCUGAAGACCUCACUUGAUCAAUAGACCAACCGCUUCACACAAAGGACCAUGGUCAACACAUUCUCUUUAUACCUAGAUAGCACAGAUUUCUAAUGAUUGGAUGCCUUUCAAUGAGAGGGUGAAUGUUUAAUCUUUCUAUGGCUUUAGCUUUGUAAAAGAAAUGUAGGCCUAAAUACAUAUUAUUCUUGUAUGAGUCAUGCGAUUGGUUUCCUGCAUUAUUUGACAGCACUACUUUAAACCAGAAAAUAAUCAUUUACAAUUUAAAUAUUGUAUUAUCUAGAGUUUGAAUUUCGAAAUUUUGCUUUUAUAGUUAGAUUAAUAAAAUGAUAGAGUAUGAUAAAACACAUGUUGUGUGAAAGAUGUAAAAUUUUUGAAAUGUGGAUCACGGAGAAUAUUGUGGGGUAGGCCUAAAUAUUUGUAGCUUUCUGAUAUGCAACUAUUAAUUUUGUAAAAUAAAAUGUUUGAAUAGUCUUUAUUUAGAAAAUGAAAAGCAUACCAAGAGAUCAAAUAAAUAAUUAAAAUGUUCAUAAAGAAUCAAUAUACAAAGUGAUUUAAUGUUCACUCUUGUUGUCUGCUGUUAUGAUAGUUGAACCAUGGAGCUAGUAGAUCCAUGGUUCAACAGGCUUUGAUUUUUCCAGGACUUGGGACAUUUUAUAAAGUUUUAAAAAUAAAAUUUUCCAUCUUUAUAUCGAAAAAAGAAGAAGAAAGAAAUGAAUUGUAGAAUGAAAGACAAUUUCUCAAUUCAUUUUCUCCCAAUUCUAUAUUCUUCUAUUUUCUCCCUCUUUCCUUUUCUCUCCUCCCCACUCCUCACACCAUCAUUGUAACUUUCAAAAUGUGUGUCAACUACGUCAUUGAUAUGAGAAUAUUUCAGUGAUAAUGGUAAAGCAUUCCUCAUUCCUGAUAUAAAGCAGGAGUGAAAGGUAACAGUCAUGACCCUUAUUGACUUUAUGAGGUGUUCCUUCUGAGGUUGUGUAUAGACUCUUCAGAUUUAGUCAAGAUAAAUAAGAUAGCAUAAGAAUAAAAGAUGAGUAAUAGAUCUAUGUGGUGGCGGGAUAGUGCUUCCGUUCAGCCAGACAAACUAAGGGCUUCAUUCACCAAUGGCUAAAAUCAUUGAGUGAGAUAUAAGACCGAUUUUCUCAGAAUUUGAUUGGUCUGUCAAUUUUAAUAAUUGAUUUUACAAUAGGCCUAUGUGUAGAUGUUGGUGAUACACCCCUUCUUGAUAGCAGCUGGUUAAUGGUAAGCUACAAGGCAAAGUUUGAUGGUGUAGUCAAUGAAAUAAUAACAAUUUAUAAUGAAUGAUAAUUCAGUCGUCCUUUCAUGAUAAUGAAAUUAGGAGUGGAGGUAAUGAAAUAUAGAAAAAGUGGUAAUGAGUGUUGGUUUCUGGGAGAAUCUUAGUUGUCAAUCAAAGCCAGAUGAUCUUAAAGGAGAAUGAAACCCUUGAAACCAUCUGAAUCCAUAUCAAAGAGAAAAAUCAAAGAAACAUAUUAUUGAAAGUUUGAGGAAGAUUGAAUGAAUGAUAAGAAAGUUAUGAGCAUUUGAAUAUUGAGAUCACUAAUGCCAUGUAGAUCCUCCCAUUGGCAAUGCGACCAAGAUAUGUGAUGUCACACACGUAAAACUCCCUCAUUACUUUAGUACUUAUUUCACUUAUAUUCUCACUUUUAUAGAGUCUAUCACAAGGUGAGGUGUUCUCUUUAUGAGAGGACAAGUACAGAGGUUUCACAACAUUAUAUCAUUGAUGAAUCGUUUGUCAUACGAUUAGAAUGAGCAAAAAGAGAUGUUUUGGGGUAUAUUUUCAGUGUCCAAAAGGGGAGAGUUGUUCAUCUGUGACAUCAUAGAUCUUGGUCGCAUUGCCAAUGGGAGGAUCUCCGUAGCAUUAGUGAUCUCGACAUUCAAAUGCUCAUAACUCUUCUAUUGCUAGUCCUAUUUUACUCAAACUUUUGUUGAUCUUAUUCUUUGAUUUUUCUGCUUUCACAAAAGCUAACUUGCUCCAAAAGUUUCAUUCUCCUUAUAAGGGAAGAAAUCUUUAUAUUCAAACAAAGUAGUACAAUGGACACAUCCAUCUUGAAAGUCUGUUUGACAGAAGUCUUAAUAGGAAAAAAAUCUUACACAUAAUUACUCAGAAAUACUUGACUACAUUCCAACCAACAGAUCCAUGAAAUUAAGAAAUUUCUUUGGACACGAUCCAUUUUACUCUGUCAUAACCUGCCAUUCGUUUGGCAUGAAACGAUCGACCUGGUCUCUUCAUCUAUAUUUGUUUGCUAAUUUAUCAAUGUGUUGACCUUGACUAAAGUUAUGAUGGAAGUUGGGACAAUCGCAAUCUUACAACUUAUUUCUAUAUUAUUGGAAUGAAACAGAAUCCAACCCAAAUAAAAACUUGUUUUUAUAAGGAAAAGAAAAAUCAGACAAGUUGAUAGGUGAAAGUUUGAACAAUAUUGGACAAACAACAAGAAAAUUAUGAAUUUUUAAAAGUUGUAAAUAUUGGUAAUCACUAUACCCAUGGAGACUUCAAAUUGGCCGCAUAUGGGAUGUCGUAGUGAUGUAAGGCAAGGACUACUCUUCUAUGUACUCCAAUACAUAUUAUGGCUAAAAUAUCAUUUUUCCCAAAAGUUUUAUUUCAAAUUAUAUUUUUCUUUCAUGAGGACAUAAAACAAUAUACUACCUGGGUUAUAAUUAGAUUACUUCCCAAGGGGAAUGGGUACUUAGGAGAAAACUACAAAUCCCUGAUAAUAAAGUACAUGGCCUAUGGGAAAGUUGUCCUUGCCCCUUGUCAUAAUUUACUUACCCAGUUGCCAAUUUGAAAUCUACAUAGUAUUAGUGAUCUCAAUUUUAAAGCAGCUAUAACUUUCUUAUUGCUUGUCCGAUUUCUUUCAAACUUUCACCAUUCUGUUUAAUUUAUUUUUCUCCUUCCCAAUGCAACAUUUUAUGGCCAAGGCUGGAUUCCCCUUUAACCCGUUGAUCCCUUAACAAAUCCUUUGUCAAUUACAAUUAUUCAGUAAUCAGUAGUCAUUGAGACUUUUGAGUUAAAGCAGCAGAACAUUUUUGAUGAAGGAAAAUAAUAAGAAUUAUUAAGGAUAAGGUUUGAAGGUUAUACUUAACACAUUUAAAAAAAUGAAUUGAGUAAAACAUAUUACAAAUUUCAUCAGCAGUGUUAUUGAGUGUUUAAAAUUGGUGUAAAAGGUGUGAUAUCUUUGGGAAAAGUAUCGCUAUUGCUCUCACUUUAUGUCAUAGUGCAAACCUAAUAUGCUGUGGUGUUUUGUAGCUUAUUAAUUUGUCUUAUGUAUUUGUCUUAUUAUGUGUUUGUAUCAUUUUUACAGUAAGCAAAUAUGAAAUGAUAGGCCUAUACAAUGUAGAUAGGCCUAUUUGAAUGAACUCUCUAUGAGCUAGUGGAGUACUGUACAUUAAAUAUGUAUUGAACCAAUUUGGGUGCCUUUGUGCACAGGCAGAAGCUCAGUGAGCUAUUAAUAAAUCCAAGAAUUAGUUUGUCAGAAUGAAUUUCAUCGUAGAGAGGAUUCAGGGAUACAAAAUUAAACACAUCCAUGUCUAGUGAAAGAGGUCCGGAUAUUAGUACUUUCCUGUGUUAGAGAUGGGACUGUGGUGGGUAGCCCUCAAUCUUAUCUUCUUCAAAGAGCUCACAAACAUGGCCAUUAUCAAUAGAUUAACCUUGAUAUAAACUUCUAAAUUUGAUUUGGUGUCAGAGAAGGCAGUAUUGGAUAAAAAUAUAUUUUUUUUAAAUAAAAAAUAAAUUAUUAUACCCCCUCUUCCUUUUAACUAUUUAAGUUUGUAUAUCCCUGACUUAAUAUUGUAGAUAUUGGAAUUAUGACUUUGGACCUUUUCAAUAAUCACCUGUCCACUUUCCUGGCCCACUUCACUGCUCUUCUUCCUUGGAAUUUUGGAAAGUCUGAUUUAUUUUUAUUAACUCAUUUUAAUUGAUCUGAAUUAAUCUGAGAAUUUUUGUAUCACUUGGCAGAAGAAAGGAAAAUUAGGAAAUAACAAUUAAUCUAAUUAGGUCACCGUUGUCAAGCUGUUACUCCAGUGUCAUCAUGUGCAAUCCAAUAAACAACUCAGCUUGAUGAGGUUUAUCCCAUGUUCCAAAAAAAAAAUUGAAUCAAUCAAACUGAAUUAUCAUUGUAAAUGGGCAGUUCCACGGUUACAGAGUGACAUUCAGAAACAAUUUUUUAGCAUUCAAACAAAGAUAUCACCCAUAUAUAAAUAGUUAUUUCCAAAGAAAUGGUACCUGACAGUAGUUGCUGAAACACACUUUUCAAAAUAAUAACAUUUGUUAUUUUGAUCCACUGAAUUAAUGAGAUAUGAAUAUUCAUAAUCAUGGUUAUGGAGUGACGCAAAAUGGACAUGCAUAUUUGAGGAGAAAACAUAUUGCUCAAACUCUGUGAACUUUAAAUUGCUAUCAGUGUUGAGUUAUUGAUUGGGUUAUAUGUUCUAGCUUAAAUAUGCUGCAUUACAUUAAAAAAUUGUUGUAUUAUUUCAUUAAUUAUGACUUAAAACGUAAACCCAUACCCGGUUACAGAGUGACAUCUGAAAUAUUCACACACAGGCAACGUAAAAUGGACUUAUAUUUUAAAAUUUUCUUAUGAUAUGAUGUAAAAUGAUGACCUUCAGAUUAUCCAAAAGAAAAUUUUACAAAACAAGCAAUAGUUUUUUGUUAAAUUGAAAUUAAGUAAAAAGCAAUAUCUGUAGUCCCAUGUGAAGAAUUUUUUGUAUGGUGUGGAUUCUCCUAUAAGGAGAUGCGUAAAAAAAAAUGUGGCUAAUUAUGUUCCCCUUUUGUAUUUAUGAUAUCUCAUAUGAGUUUUAAUAGAAAAAUUCGAUCCAGAUUUGAAAUAGCCAAUAUAAUUUUUUGUAAAAUGUCCACUUUUGCUUGGAAUUGCCCAAAUAUGCCUGUUCUCAUAUUUGUUUUUCUUUUAUAGGCCCUAUUAAAAUUUACACAUACAAGUUUAAGAAAAAAUUUUGUUCUUAACAACCUGAAAGCUUGUCAGAGGUAUGCUCAACAUAACAUAAUAAUGAAAUGUAUGCAUUAUUGCAAACUGAAUUCCGAUUGAAUUGCUUUAUUUUAUCAUAAGGAUAUUGGCCUAUAUGUACUGUGUCUCUAUGAAAGAACUAUAGUUUAUACUGAUGUGUAUUUUUCAAUCACUUGUAUCAUGGACCUCGUAGGUCCAUGCUUGUAUGCAUCAUGAUUCAAGCUACUCUCCAACUUUCCAUGUCCAUUUGCUGCGAUGACAGAUAGGUAGCUAGCAACAUAACAGGAAAUUUAUAUGACAUCUAAUUUCUUCCUCCAAGCUCUUACCAGACCAAUAGGGGCUCCAACCAGUUCUGGUCACGCUCUUUCAUCAUGAGUGUUAUGAAGGGUACACGCACCUAAUAUGACCAUAAUGGUACACACGUGGAUGGGGGUCUUUAAAUUUAUUUGUUCCUGGAGUGCUGUCUGGUUAGUAACCAUAUGUCAUAGACACAAGCCCUAGCUUGUCAAUGAAAGCUAAAAAAAUGAUGGAUUGGCGAUCAGAGAAAUUGAUAAUGAUUUUUGUCAUUGUCUGUGGGUUGAAUACUUUUUAAUUAGUCAUGCAAUUUCUUUUUUUAAUUGUUGAAUGUGGAGAAGAAGACCUCAAUAUUCAUUUAAUCUACUCAGAGAUGUAAAUAAGCAAAAACUUUGAAGGCUUUUAUUUUGAUGCAUGCACCAUCUCAGCAAAUUUGUGACUGAGCAAAUAAAAACCGAAAUUUAUUAAUUUUUUAGAUUGAUGAUCUUGGUUAUAUUGAAUUUGAUGUUUAAAAAGUUAUGAAAAGAUUGAUGUUGAAUAGAAAAAAAACACUUCAAUUUUUCUAUAAAUGUUUGGUCCCCUAAAGGUCAAACACCAAUAAGGCAGCAAUUGUUAGUAAACUGAAAAUGAUUGUCUACAGACUACUUAUAUUGAUUAUUCACAUUCUUUAUCAUGUUGUUUCCAGCUUUGCUCACAUUUCCAAAUGCUCAAAGAGCUUUGCAAAUCAGAUAAAGGAAUUAACAUUUAAACCGGAACAUUUUGAUUAUCAAUAACACUUUAAACACAUUGUGUUUUUAUUUGUAUUCUAUCUAAACUCCAAAGUUUAUUGACUUUUUUAAUCUCUAGAAUGCUGUGAGUAAUGCUAACGUUGAUAAAAUGGGCACUGAUACCAGAGGUCAUUAUUUGUGAAACAUUUUCAAAGAAAACUGUGAUAGAAGUAGAGCUCGAUAUGUUAUGUUGCAGUUCUUUAGUAGUAUACAUAAUAUGUUGUGAAUAUAGAAACUUCACAGACAGAAACAUGUAGGCCUAAGUUUGGUAUAGAUCUGGGGCCCAUAUCAAUAGACUUUACAACUAUGGCAACUUUGCCAUUAUUGUAACGAUUGUAAUUGGCUGCCGAGUCAUGUUGCCAUGGUAGUUUCCACAUUUGCCUGGGCUCUGAAGAUCAAUUCUUAAAAUUUGAAUCAGAGUCAGAUAAAGUCAGUGGAAGAGUAUCAUAAAACAAAUAGGCCCUACUUGGUCUAGAGUCUAAAAAGGAGAUGUCUGCAUGUAGGUUUAUUUCAUUACACAGGACUCAAGAUUAAUUAUAUGAAAUCAGCCUUAUAGACUGUCUUACAUACUUUUUCCAUUAUUAAUUAGUCUUCCAUACUUUUCUGCAUAUUCAGGUAACAAAGUUGGUCUCAAAAAUGUAGAGUCGAUGUCUGAUUGUUAAAAAUGUUGUUGGAAUCAAUUUUUUUCACAUUUUUACAAAUUUUAAAAGGUCGAGCCUUGUUAAAUCUUGUUCCAAGCAUGAAUGGAAUUCCAGGAGUUUGAAUGAUGAGUCACAGGUAGUAAAUGUUCUAUUGUUUGUCUUGUCUGGUGUUCAGAGUGGAGUGGGAGGUUUGUUCCUGUUUAGCAUGAAUUGCAAACCCUAUUCUCAAAAUAGAUCUCACAAUCACUCUUGAAAAGUGAGAACAUUAAGAAGCGGAAGAAAAUGAAAUGGAGAGCAGUUUUUAUCUGAUUCUAGAUUGCAUUGGGAUAACAACACCCGGAGGGUUGAAAUAAGAGGCGUAAUAUUAUGAGCACAUCAGAAACUUUAAAGACUACCCCAUAAAAUAUCAAAGUCUAGAGUGUAUAAUUCUCGCUACCCCAAAUAGGAACAAAAAUCUCAUAAUGCGCGAGACGAGAUAAUUUUCACUCCGUCGGGUCGUCAUCACCACUUCCGGUUAAAAGUCAUGCUCGCGCGAGAUUCGCGAUACUGAUUUUUCCACCACGCUGAAAUCGAUGCCAAUCAGCGUAAUAUGUACAGAUUAUAAUACUUUUUAUUCAAUUUGGUCAGUUUUUAUUCCAUUUGAAUUUUAAAUAAAAAAAAAAUAUAUUUCACGUGAAAAUAAUUCUUUUUCAUGUUUUUAUUUGGUUAUAAAAAAAUUUAACAAAAAAUGAAUAUCUUAAAAUUUUGCAUUUAGCGACUGGCCUGACACCACGAUCGUAUUCGACUAGACGCUAAAUAUAUACAGCAUUCAUUCCGUUCAAUUUUUCGUCGACCACAAAAUGGAUAAAAAAUCAGUUUCGGAACUUAAAAAAAUCUUAACUGACAGAGGAAUACCUUGCAAUGGAAAGCGUCGGGAAGGAUUAGUGACUUUAGCAGAAAAGGCCGUUAAAAUGUAUCCUGAAAGAGAGGGUUGUGAUCACGAAAUUUCCGAGCGAAAGCGACGUUGUGUUGUAUUGCAUGACGGCACUGUUGAU